UAGUGGCUGGGAAGGAGGAAGGGAGACCGAGCGUUCGCUGCUGUGUCUGUUUUUUUGUUUUGCUUUGGACAAGAGCAUGAAAAAGACUUGCAGGCAUCGAUCGCCUAGGCUUUGCUAGCUUGGCCUAAUAGUACGCACACCCACUUCCAAUUUUUAUUGCCCUUGGUUGCAAAAUAAUAAUAAUAAAAAAUCACCCAACAGCUCCUGCUCCGUCCUGUAAAUCUUCGGGAAGACAACGAGGAGGAGCAGAUGGGGCACUGAAGGAUGCAGCCGUACCCUGCCGAAGCAUCAGCUGCUGUCCCUGGCGCCGCCCGAUCUCUCUCUCUUUCCUAGCCCCACCCCCUCCUCGCCUCGUCUCUAACCGCCAGGUAAGAAAAUCUGAGCUCCCCGCCCGCUUCCAUCGUAGGUCGGUGCUGGCGACUUUGUGUCGCAUGCAAAGGGAAGCCCUCGCAAGCCGUUUCUGCUUCCAGCUCCCAGCUGGAUAUUGGACAGAAUUGGCAGAACGAAGGGGUUUUUUUUAAUGCAAAGUCUUCAGAUUGCUGAAACUGAGGUUGAUAUUGCCUGUUUAAUGAAGAAUGGCUCUUGCGCUAGAACUAGGAACCCUGUGCUUACUCUUGGGAAUUCUAACAGGGUGUUUCUGCGAACAGUGCAGAGAAGGAGCCAAGUAUUCAGAUGCAAUAAUAUCUCCUAAUUUAGAAACCAUGAAGAUUAUGCGGGUCCCCCAUGCUGUGUCGGUGUCAGACUGCACGGCAGCCUGUUGCGAUCUUUCCGACUGUGACUUGGCCUGGAUGUUUGAACGGCACUGCUACAUCGUCAGUUGCCAACGUAAAGGGAACUGCGAGCCCAAGAAGAUGGAGAAGGUGAAGUCCUCUUUGACUUUUGUGCUAAGGCCUCCUCAGAGGCCCUCUGCACUGCUGGGGUACGGGCAGGUGCCAUCAAAGGUCCUCCGCCCAAUGGCGCUGCAGGGCGACCCAUCAGACGAAGUCAGCAGCCUGAAGGAGCUGUCCUUCCUCAGUCGGGAGGAGAGCCCAGACUACCCAGAUGAAUAUGGCGAUACGGAGCAGAACCCCUUUCGGUUGAGCCUCAAGCCUGAAGAGAAGGAGGAUGUGAACUAUGCUGACUGGAGUUUGUUGGUGGCAACUGAGAAUGGUUUCAAUUCUUCAGGGCUCAGUGAUGGAAACAAACAUGUUGACCUGGUCAGAAGUGAAGAGGAGAGAGGUCCUUUGGAGACUCCUAUAGGUGCAAAUGAAUCCAAGGGAAACCAUGUCACCGAACAUCCCGGGGAGUUGCCAGAGAUCAUGUUGGGCAUGAUGGAGAAAUCUGCAAAUGAAUUAGGUUUUCAACCGCCUGAUGAAACCAACAGCACCUGGCAGGAAGAGGUUCUAACAACUUCCCAUAAUCCUUCUUCAUCAGACACCCUGGGGUUUCUCUCCACCACUGCAACACGAACUCAAACAUCAGACCUGCGAAAUCUUAUGCAGGAUGAUGCCACACCCCUUCCCACCGGUCCUGUUUUCACCCAAGCUACUGCCACAGAUCAUGUAUCGUUGUCCACUUCUGCCACCAAAGAUGUAAAGGAACUCCUGGUGUCGGCUGGAGAUAAUCUACAAGUAACUUUACCAGAAAACGAUGUUGAAUUGCAUGCGUUUGUAGUCACGCCAUUCCUUUCAGAAUCGGCCUAUAGUUAUGAGUGGAGCUCGAUGAGUCACCCCGAUGGUUACAAUGGUGAAAUGGAGGGCAAGCACACGCCAACACUGAAACUUUCUCAACUGCCAGUAGGUGCCUAUGUCUUCAAAGUGACUGUUUCUGCUGAAAAUGCAUUUGGAGAAGGAUUUGUCAAUGUCACUGUCCAACCAGCUGUCACAAUAAAUCAGCCGCCUGUUGCUAUCGUAUCUCCAAAAGCCCAGGAAAUUUCUUUCCCUACAACUUCUGCUUCCAUUGAUGGGAAUCAAAGUACUGAUGAUACUGAAAUAGCCAGUUACCACUGGGAAGAAAUUGAAGGUCCCCCUAGAGAAACGAAGGCAUCAGCUGAUACACCAGUUUUACAUCUGUCUGAGCUCGUGCCUGGCAAUUACACUUUCAGGUUAACAGUGAUUGACUCCAGUGGAGCAGCUAACUCUACAGAAGCCUCACUGAGGGUCCAUAAAAAAGUGGACUUCCCUCCUGUUGCCAAUGCAGGGCCAAAUCAGGAAAUCAGUUUGCCUCGCAACUCCGUCACAGUGAAUGGAAAUCAGAGCAGUGAUGAUUAUGAGAUAGUCAGCUAUGAGUGGUCCCUGAGCCCAAAAAGUCGAGGCAAAGUGGUAGCAAUGCAGGGGGUGAGGAGUCCCUACCUCCAGUUAUCGUCAAUGCAAGAAGGCGAAUACACGUUUCAGCUGACUGUUACUGAUUCUGCUGAACAGCAGUCUACAGCUGAAGUCACGGUGAUUGUCCGGCCCGAAAAGAAUAGCCCCCCAACAGCCGUGGCUGGGCCAGAUAAGGAGUUGACAUUCCCUGUCCAGAGCACCGUUCUUGAUGGAAGCAUGAGCACUGAUGACUUAGGCAUUGUUUACUAUCACUGGGAGAAUAUCAGUGGGCCAACCUCUGUGCAAAUGGAAGACACUGAUAGCGCAGUCGCAACUGUCACAGGCCUGCACGUUGGAACCUACCAUUUCAGACUGACCGUCAAAGACAGCCAAGGACUAAGCAGCACAGCCACAAUCUCUGUGACUGUCAAGGAGGAAAGCAACCGCCCACCCCAGGCUCAUGCAGGGGGCAAGCACAUCCUCGUUCUGCCCAAUAACUCCAUUGCUUUGGAUGGUUCGCAAUCUACUGAUGACCAAGGGAUUGUGUCUUAUCUCUGGAUUCGGGAUGGCCAGAGCCCAGCAGCUGGGGAUGUGAUACACGGCUCAGAUCAUGAGGCCAUCCUGCAGCUGACCAACCUCGUAGAAGGGAGUUACUCUUUUCACUUGAAAGUCACCGAUGGCAAAGGGGAGUCAGACAUCGACAUGGCUACUGUAGAAGUGCGGCCUGAUCCUAAGAAAAAUGGACUUGUGGAACUGAUCUUGCAAGUUGGAGUUGGCCAGCUGACUGAACAACAGAAAGACACGCUUGUGCGGCAGCUAGCAAUGCUCCUGAACGUCUUGGAUUCUGAUAUUAAAGUUCAGAAGAUACACGCUUAUUCUGAUAUCAGCACAGCUGUUGUGUUCUAUGUUCAGAAUGGCCAUCCUUUUAAAGUGAUGAAGGCAGCAGAUGUUGCACAGAUGCUACGCUUGCAGCUCUUGAAGGAGAAGCCAGACUUCUUGCUCUUUAAAGUGCUUCGCGUUGACACGGCUGGUUGCCUCUUAAAGUGCUCCGGACAUGGACAUUGCGACCCUAUCACGAAGCGCUGCAUUUGCUAUCAGCUGUGGAUGGAAAAUUUGAUACAGAGGUAUCUUAACAGCGGAGAGAGUAAUUGCGAGUGGAGUAUACUUUAUGUAACGGCAUCAGCUUUCAUUUUGAUUGUGCUGAUGGCGGGGUUCGUUUGGCUCUGCAUCUGCUGUUGCAAAAGCAGAAAGAGGACUAAAAUAAGAAAGAAAACAAAAUACACAAUUUUGGAUAAUAUAGAUGAUCAGGAGAGAAUGGAGCUCAGGCCUAAAUACGGUAUAAAGCACAGAAGCACAGAACACAAUUCCAGCCUGAUGGUUUCAGAGUCAGAGUUUGACAGUGACCAGGACACCAUAUUCAGCAGAGAGAAGGUUGAAAGAGAGAACCCAAGGAAUGCCAUGAAUGGUUCCAUGAAGAAUGGUGUCUCCUUCAGCUACAGCUCAAAGAACAGAUAAAUGAAGAGGCUGCAGUGGAAGGACACGUGCUAAGGCUAUGCUGCUCCUCCUUCACCACCCCCUCCCAAACUAUACUGGUGGGAGACGGGAUGAUAAACUUCCAGCAUAGUAGAAAAGGAAAUGGACGCGGUGGACUUUCCCCUUCAUUUCUUUAACCAAUAACGUAUUUUAACUGACCACAUGAGUUAGGUGAAAGGGUUUUCAAGUCUAAAAAUGGUUGGAGAUGGUUUCCAUGUAAAAGGUUAUUGCUCAAGACUGUUACAUUACAAGGAGCACAUAUGAAAGCUACCUUAUAUUGGUCCAAGUUUCCUUUAGAAAACAGUGGCUAUGCAUCUGUACAAAGACACAGCAGUAUGCAAAUGUACCUUGAGUUAUUAAAAAGAAAAGCAGUGUGCGGCUAUAGCGUCCACCUCCUUCCAGUCACUUUUAGUUUAACAAAUAAGAGGGUUGAUGAAAAGGGGUUUUGUGAUAUCUGCUUUGGUAAGGCAAUGGAGUUGAAAUCAUUUUUUCAAAGGACUCAAGGCAUUGUCUGAAGCAACCUAACUGCAGUAAAGGACAUUCGUAUUUGGAUGGCAGACUUCCUAGGAGUCUGGCAAGCCCAAGUUGCUGGAAGAAAGGAAAGAUCUGAGUAAAAUUUCAAGCCUGUUGCUACCUCCUUCUUGUAAGUGGAUGCCACACUUGGGAGAAGGUUCUAUACUUGGGAGAAAUUGGUGGCACAUACCAUAUGCCACCAAUUUGACCCUCUUCUGUCUAUUUUGCUGAAGAAAGGCUUGCAAAAUCAUUCCACGUUCUUUGAAAACUGCAGCUUUUGUGGGGUACAUUGAUUUAAUAACCGGUACUGGAAGUUUUAACUCCUUCCCUUCAUUUGCCUUGUGAAGUGCUGAGAGUAAAUCAGAUGCGCUCAACUCCAUUGACUGUGGCAUUCUGUGUAGUGAAAGUGUGGGCCAGAAAUCACCUAGUCUUAAUAUCUAACAAUGCUCAUAAAACAUGUUUACUGAACAAGAACCAAUUGUCAUCGGGUUUCUGUGUGUGCAUCAGCACUCUCCCUUCAUGAUAAACGCGAAGAUAAGCACAAAUUUCUAAAAAAAAGGUUUAAAUUUCAUGCUAGGGGCUUAACCCAAAUGUUGCUGUAAACAAAGAAGAAUGGGCUAAACAGAAGUUUUAAGGCACUGCGAUGAUUUUUACCCCUGGAGAGUAAAGUGUCAUGUGCCUCAGGUAUUGAACAAUUAGUGAUUCAACUGUUUUUUACAUGAAGUCACACAAAGCAAACAUAUAUUACACCUGCGUAACCAAUUUUUCUCAAUAUAUAGUUCAGCUUUAGGAACCUUGGUUUUGUGUCUUCUAGAAGUUGUUUGUGCAACUUGAGGGCUUGCAUAUCCUUUCACCAGCAGAAGUUGGUCCAAUGAAAUAAGUGGCUUUCCCAUUUUGUCUCCAAGGCAAAACUAGUACACCUGCCUGGUCCUCCAGGUGAAGGUACUACAAACUCACAUCAUACCGGACACUUGCCUGUGUUCACUGGGAGCUGGAGCUUAACAAUAUCUGGAGGGUCACAACUUCUCCAGCCCUGUGUUGAAGAAAACUCAUACCAAUGUAGGAUUCUUUUAUUUUUUUAAUACGCUUACAAAAUGUCACAGAUCUGACAGUAGAUGUGAAUGUCCACCAAUUUUAAAGUUAAACAUUUAUUACACACAGCUCUUUUCCCAAUACCCAAAGCAAAUCUACACACAAAAGUGAAAUGUAAGAAUUCAAGUAUCACCUUCUGUUAAUGAAUUACUGUAUACAAACAAAUAAUAACUUUUGUUAUUUUUGAUGUAAACGUACCAUACAAAUGCAUAUUAAAACUUAGCUGAUCCAGCCCCAAGAGAAAAUUUCUCCAAUGAGGCUAGUAGUAUCUUGUUACACUUGAACAAUUUGUGCUUCUCAAAUGUUUUGCUUCUUUUUCCUCAAAGGAGGAGCGUUGACAAGCUUGGGCUAUAUUGAAUCACUAGAUUGUCUUAGUUUUGUAUUUCUGUGUGUGUGUUUCAGAUUUUGAGUUACAUGUAGAGCAACUGCCUUAAAUAAUAUAACAGGAAGCAUUUCUAGACUUGUCUGUAAGACUGUAGAUCAGUCUGUGGUACUAGCCUGUAUGCCCACAAAUGUAAAAAUUAUUGUUGCUGGUUUUU